AUGGAAACAGACGAUAUACGCAAGCGCAAGAAAAAGAUUAUUCUACAAAAUGGAUUUACUGAGCAAGACGAUGAGAAAAAACCAAUACCAGAAUUUAUGCUUCGAGAAUCGCCAUUAACGACACUCGUUGAAGAAUCUCUUCACAUAAAAGCUAUAUACCACAUAUUUGUAGUUAUACUACUAAUAAUAUUUUGUAGCAUGGUGAUCUAUGACUUCGUAGAAAGUGGAAAGAUAAACAUCGGAGUAACGAGAAUAGUUCAUGGAUUCGGUGACAUACGACGUGGCGCGAAAAUAUGGUUGUUCGAGCUUGCAGUCGCGCUUGCCUUCUAUCCGUUAUUAAGAAUAUACGCUGCUACUCAAAAGCUUAUUAAAAACUUUCCAGCUGCUCGCAAAAUAUGGUCGGUCCUGGGUAUACUUGGAGUAGUGCUUUUAGAAGUACUAGUGAUCGCAGUACCCACUUGGGACCUAGCCAAAGAACAUCUCGCAAUGGGUUCUUCGAUCGCCGUGACGAUGGAAAUGUUCAGGUUUGCGAUGAAAAUACAUGCUGCGGCCGUGGCGUGUGCUCCCCGAUGCAAGGAUGAUGGAACACCACUGCCAACCUUCAAACGUUACGUUUACUUCCUGUUUGCACCUACAUUGGUGUAUAGAGAUGAAUAUCCCAGGACAAGAAAAAUUCGAUGGAGUGUUGUGUUAUUUCAUUUUGUGGAAGUAGGAGCUAUUAUAUUUUACGGCACCUCUACUUGGGAAAGAUUUAUUUUACCGUACUGGUCGGAUUACGGAAAAGAAGCGAAAGUAGAAGCCGGUACCGUUGUGCGCGGUAUGUUUGCAUGUAUGCUCCCAGGCAUUAUUUCUUUUAUUUGUGGUUUUUACUGCCUUCUUCACGCUUGGCAUAAUGCUUUUGCCGAGAUGCUGAAAUUUGGCGACAGACGUUUUUAUGGAGAGUGGUGGACGGCUACCCAAUUUUCUUGGUAUUACCGCGCGUGGAACCGCGUUGUCUAUGCGUGGUUCCGUGAUCAUAUAUACCGACCACUCGCACCGCUGGUCGGCAGCAGCAUUUCCACAAUCGUCGUCUUUAUUGUAUCAUCUGUCGCACACGAGACUAUACUGGUGGUUUCAUUUGGUUUCUUCUACCCAGUGCUUUUCAUACAGUUCGGAGUGUGUGGGCUAAUUUUCAUACCACUCACGGCUUCCAGUGGACGUCGCUUCCCAAGUCUAAUCAAUUUUUGUUUUUGGCUCUGCCUCUUUAUUGGAAACGGUAUUUCAUGGAGCCUUUACCCAAUGGAAUAUUUUGCCCGCAAAAAUUGUCCGCCUACAGAAAACGAUAGCUUUUUCAUACCGAAAUCUUGGUCUUGUCCAGAAAUAGUACUGAAACCAAAUUGGACUUUUCAAAAUCCUUUUAAUUACAAUUAA